AUGCCUACUCAGCACAACUACCUCGAGGAGGAUGACGACUUCUCGGAGUUCUACAACAACCCUCUCUACAAACGCCUCUCUGAGGUGACCCCCCAUGAGCGAAAGUAUGCUUGCCCACCUCCUCCCCUUCCUAACCCUCGUCGGGACAAUGGCCCUAGAGUUGUCGCCCGAAAGCACUCUCCUCGCCCGCACUCUUCUCACCAGCCCUCCCCUCGCCAGCCCUCCCCUCGCCAACCCUCCCCUCGCCAGCCCUCCCCUCAUCCCCUCUCCGCACGUGCGAGGGAUGCCGCUGCUGUAAAGGCUUCCAUCCGAAGACACUCCAUCGUAAAGCCUCGACAGGCCCCAAACAAGGAGGAUGCCCCCGAGCCAGAGGGUGCCCAUGCGCCAGCCUUCAACCCGCUCGCCGACCGCAACUUCCAGCAAAACGUCGCCCGUGUCCUCGGCCCCGAGCACGUUAAUAAGUACGAAAGCUGCGCCGACAUGGCGGAGAAGGCCAAAGAGGAGCUCGAGGACAAGCCUGAGGGAGCUCACCGACUCGGACGUCCCUGGACCAAGGAGGAGUUUGACAAGGCUGCGAGAUUGACGGAGUAG